AUGAAUUUGAUUGGGAUUAUUCGAAUAAUCUAAAUAGAAAAAUAAGAACUAAAUUAUUAAUUUCUCAUACAAAUGAAUAGGAUCUAAAAUACAUAUAAAGUUAUUGAGAAUUUUUUUUAAUUUCAUUAUUUAUAAAUUUCAGAGAAAAUAUUUAAAGCACUUAUUAGAAACAUGAGCUAAUUAAAAAUUUAGAAUAGGUUAAACAUCUGCAAAGGAUUUGUGAAUAUGGAAAAAAAACUUAAACGUCUAUAAUUGGAAAGUAAUCUGGAAGGGUGAAAAUUUAGCAGAUGUCUAUGGAUAGCAUAUGUAUAUUAAAAUCUAUUUCUUAAAUAAAUUAUAGACAACAGAUGGCAAAAAAUAAGGAAUAAGGAAAGAAACAAUUUAGAAUUAUUGGAAGUAAUUAUAUAUCAAAUUCUUUAUUAGCAAAAAUUAAGUAUAUUUAUUAGGGGAAUAUGUGAAUGACCAAAGAUAAGGCUUAUGGAGGUAUAUUUUUGAUGGAAAAUAAAUGUAUAUUAUGAAAUAGAAAAUUAAUUUAGUGGUGGAGGAGAAUAUAAUAUUAUGUAUAUUGAAUAACAUCCUUACCCACUUGAUUAAAGAAUAUAUAAGGUAUUAGAUAAUUGGCAGAACUCAUCACUUUUACUUUAAGUAAAUACUUCAUAUUAGAGUAGUGCUAAAAAUAUAAUAUGA